UUCAGUUGAUUAUCGGUGAAAAUGAUACGAUCGGCAGAGCCAUGCUCCUGCCCCAUUCAGGAGGUCGGGCCAUCCAUGGCCGCCUCCUGCGGGGGGCAGUUCAUGCUCUUCAUGACCGUCCUGGAGGCCUUCAUCAACGGCCGCUGCGACCUCGCGGACCCCUGCAACAGGGUCACCAGUGAAACCCCGGACAGUCUGUUGGAGAGCUACGACUUUAUAGUCGUGGGUGGCGGGACUGCGGGCCCGGUGGUUGCUGCGAGGUUGUCGGAGAAUCCACAGUGGAAGGUACUUUUAAUAGAGGCGGGUGGGGACGAACCGACACAAUCUUCAGUGCCAGCAUGGGUGACCGCUUACUGGGGUCGACCGGACACGGAUUGGCUGUACAAGACUGAAGCUCAAGAAAAAGCUUGCCUAUCUGAAGGCUCAUUUUGCAGUUGGCCCAGGGCCAAGAUGUUGGGCGGAUGUUCAGUAAUCAACGGCAUGAUGUACAUGCGAGGACACGCGGCAGACUAUGACGGGUGGGCAAUAGAGGGCGCCACCGGCUGGUCCUGGUACGACGUGCUACCUUUCUUCUUGAAGAGCGAAGACAAUAGGGAGAUCGGAGACGGAGUGUCCAGCCAGUAUCAUAAUACUGGUGGGCCGUUGCCGGUUCAGAAGUUCCGACACGCACCAAAGUUUGCGCACGACGUGGUGUCCGCGGCGAUCGAGCUGGGCUACCCACCCACCAGCGACCUCAAUGGGGAGACGAUCACUGGCUUCACUAUCGCACAAACCCUCAACGACAACGGCUCCCGGUUCAGCACCGCCCGCGCCUACCUCAGACCUGCGUCUAAGCGUGAGAACCUUCACGUCUUGCUCAACGCCCACGUUGCCAAAGUACGCAUAGACCCCAACACGAAGAAGGUCAUCGGAGUCGAGUACAUCAAAGACAAGCAGACGAAUUUUAUCAAAGCCAGCAAGGAGGUGAUCUUAUCAGCCGGCACUCUGAACUCCCCCCAAAUCCUCAUGCUCUCCGGCGUGGGUCCCAAGGAGAUGCUCCAGAAAGUCAACAUCCCCGUGGUCAAGGACCUGCCCGGCGUAGGCCAGAACCUUCACAACCACGUGGGCGUGGGUCUCGAGUUUACCUUGACCAAGGAGCCUCAGAUUGCCGACUUGGACUGGGCCAGCGCAACUCAGUAUCUGUUGAAUAGAGAUGGGCCUUUGUCUUCUACUGGUUUGUCUCAGCUCACAGGCAUAGUGAACUCCAAGUACGCGGCAAGAGGCGGCCGUCACCCCGACAUACAGUUCUUCUUCGGUGGCUACUACGCGUCCUGUAGUGAUGGGGUCGCGACUGAUCCCGAGAAAGUAAAGGACAUCCACGAUAGGAGAAGUGUGUCCAUAUCGGCCAUAGCCCUACAGCCACGCAGCCGAGGCUACCUCGCCGUGCGUUCAGCAGACCCGCUCCAGCCACCGCUGAUGCAGCCCAACUAUUUCUUCGAUGAACAUGAGCUGGAUGUCUUGGCUGACGCUGCUUGGAUCGCUCAUAGGCUGGCUAAUACUACCAUAAUGCGAGAAAAGUACGGCAUGGAGCCGUCAAAACGCGAAGACUGCCAGGACUUCAAGCAACCUUCUGACGAGUAUUUCAGGUGCCUGGCUAAGCACUACACGGCGCCCGAAAACCACCAAGUAGGCACGUGCAAGAUCGGAGCCAAGACUGACCUGAUGGCGGUCGUGGAUCCGGAGCUUAAGGUGUAUGGAAUUCAAGGUCUGCGCGUUGCCGACGCGUCUGUUAUGCCUGUUGUGCCAUCGGGUAACACCGCAGCCCCUACCAUCAUGAUAGCCGAGCGAGCGGCCCAGUUCAUCAUGUCGCGGUACUCUCGCCUCAAGAACAAAUUCGGCAACGCUGCCACCACUGAUGGCCUCAACAACCGGUUCGGCAGCGAUGCUAGUUCUACUGAUAGGGCGACCACUGAUAAAAGCUUUGGAGAGUCGUCCAAAACGGCGCAGUCGAUUUAUUUCCAACCCAAAUGGAGGUACAAUGCCAAUGAGAAAUACGAUUACGAUACUCACUAUAAUCCGGACAGAUGGUACGGUAACAAAGACUGGAAGAUACCGUCCUGGCAAGACGCCGACUGGAAGCAAGGCUACCACGGCUACCACGACGAGCAGAAAUACAAGGAGAAGUUUGUGGAUGGCAGCUACAAGGACAAGUACGACGAUCACUACCCAGAUAAGUACACGGGACCGAGUCUAGAUUGGACCACGGUUGGAUAUCCAAACGAUUAUACGCACGGCCAUUAA